AUGACUACGCCAAUCUCUCAAAGCCUACAAGGUUUUGACAUCAGUCAGUUGCCCAUGUUACUUGAGCACAUUCAGCAGCAACUUGCCUCAGUUCAGGAGAAAGUACAUGAACAUGACCACCUCUUGGAGCGUAUGAACAAGUUAGAAGAGGAAAACCAAGCCCUAAAAAAAAAUCUUUUGGCCAAGGACCUGGUAAUUCAAGAAUUACAGGGCCAACUAUCACGUGGAACUACUCAAGCCCCUACACCUGAGGUAGAUCAGGAACGUCCGUUCAUCUCUCAGGUCGUACAGUCCCAAGAUCCUGCUACUACUGCUAGUACCACUACUGCUACCGAUACUGCCACUAAAGGUAGUUAUCUCUCUGCUGCUCGCUCUGGAGCUAAACGCCCUGAUCCUGUUCGUACAGCCAAACGCCGUCUUGCUGCUGGCCGUCUCUUCCAAUCUGCUGCUGUUAAGGGCCAACAGGGAUACCAAUAUGUCUACCUUGGUAGAUCUGGUAAGAUCCAGCGCUCUGAGGUUCGUGCUACCCUCCGUAAGGUUGGUGUUGAUACUGGUCGUGUUCUCGACAUUUGUUUCCCUGCUUCUGGUGUUAUUGGAGUUCUGGUCCAUAUCCAAUAUGUCGACACUUUUCUUGCUUACAUGCACAAGUGCGAAGCUGAGCUCAUCGAGAAUUUUGAGCCUCUGGAUCCCAAGCACAUUGCUGAUCCUCAAUAUGCAAACCUUGCUAUUGCGGAUCGAGAACAACUGAUCUACGAGUUUACAAACACUCGUGCUCUGCAAACUCUUUCCUUCCUUCGUCCUCUCAAUGUCAGUGGUGUUGGAAAAUACUUUGUCUCUGCUGGAUGGAUUUCCCAAGAGGAACUUGAUACAGCUAGUCAUAUCAACAACAACCCCGUCCACUCCUUUCCUGUCUCUCUUUCCCUUUGGAAUGCCAAUGGUCUCCGUCAAUCAGUUGUGCACGAUGUCCUCUCACAUGUAUUGGAUACGCAUGUUCUCCUUGUCACUGAAACUUGGCUUCUAUCUGGUUCUUUCCCUUCCGACUGGUCUCAAUUCCAUCUAUAUGGCACAAAAGUACCUGGCGCUUUUGGCCGUGGUUCUGGUGGUGUUACAGCCUUUGUCUCUCCUUCCUGUCCUUUCUCUGUCUCUCAACUCCCGUCUUACAAUCCUCACACUCUGUCCCUUAAGGUUGGCACCCUUACGGUUCAUUGUGUGUAUCUGCCUCCACCCUUAUCCUCGGAUAAGGUGCUCUCGCUCCUUCGCUCGUUACCUAUAACUAGUGAUACAAUCCUUUGUGGUGAUUUCAAUGCUCGCUUUGGAUCUCUACUAGGUGAUACUACUGCUAAUCCCCGUGGUAACUCUCUACUACCAUGGAUUGAGGAGGCUUCGUUGUCGAUCCUCAAUGAGUCUCUAGCUUAUGGUACACCCACCUUUACAACAUUUCGGCGACAACAAGAGGUACACAGCAUCAUUGAUCUGUUCCUUACCAACAUUGGCGAGACGGCUAUGUUGAAUUCUCAACUGGUGGUUGACUCUGAUCUGUCCCUUGGUUCUGAUCAUCGGCUGAUGAUACUUACUUUCGAGUAUGUGCCCCCUCCCGAUGAUACUCUUGGUUCUGGUAACUCUGGUGGUUUGGCCCCUAGACGGCAAUGGAAGCUCUCGAAAUUGAGGAAAAAGCGGCCUUUGGGCUUGCUUCGUGAAUCCUUUCGAUCUUCUGUUGCUCCUUUGGUUGAUUCUCUCUCUGGUUUGGUCUCUGCUCCUGAUGGAGUUCGUCCUGAUAUUGAUGCACUCAAUGAUUCUCUGAAUUGUUGUUUGUAUGAAUCUCUUGACGGGUCAAUUGGUGUGAAAUCUGGUCGCCCUGGUCACUGGAAAAAGUACUGGACACAAGAAAUUGAAGAUGCAGCUCGUGAAAGAGAUGCCUCAUAUAGUCGAUGGCGAUGGGCAAGUGGCUUUGCCAAAGUUGAAACAUGGGGUAUAUAUCAAACUGCUCUUAGACGUUUUCGCUCUCUGAUACAGGCUGCCAAAAGAAAGUCGUGGAACACAUUCUGCUCUAAUCUGGAAAAGGAUUUCUCUAAAGCUACUGCUGCUAUCAAACGCAUAAAGCGAAACAAAGAAUCCUCUGCUACUUAUAGCCAUCCAGAUGGUCCAGCUGCUUCAGUAACAGCAAUGGCAUCACAUCUUGCAUCUGUAUACAAUGGUACACUCCUUAACUCUGCUUCUCGUCCUGUUGCUCCUGAACCGAAUGUAUCGGAUCUACCCUACAAUGAUCCCUCUGUUACAAAUCUGUUUGAUGCUGAUACUAUUGUCUCUCUGAUUAAGCGAUUGCCAAAUGGAAAAGCUCCUGGUCCUGAUCAUCUGAAAGCUGAAAUGCUGAAGGCUCUAGCAUCUGACAUUGCACCCGUAUUGUCUCUGCUAUUUACGCUUUGCUCUCAAUGGUCGUACACUCCUGUAUUGUGGCGUCAUGCUCAGGUCUUUCCCAUUUACAAGAAAGGUGAUGUAUCUGAUCCUGCAAACUUUCGUCCAAUUUCGCUCACUUCGGUGAUGCGUAAAUUGUUUGAAUUUUCAUUGAUGCCUGCUCUUGAUGAACAUUCGCCUGCACUUGAUGUUGCUCAAGGUGGUUUUCGUCCACAACGUAGUCCUCUGGAUCAAGCCCUCUGUUUACAUGACUUGAUGCAUGACUACUUCCUCACUCAUCACCACUAUCCUGUUGUAGCCUUUCUGGACAUCAAAUCUGCAUACGAUACAGUGGAUCGCAACGUUAUUUGGGAUGCUCUUGCUCAUUCUUCACUACCUCGUCCAAUCCUUAGUUUAUUGAUCAAUAUGUUCGAUGAUGUACUAGUCUCUGUACUGAUUGCAAACCACAACUCUGACCCUUUUUCGCCUGCUACUGGUGUACUCCAAGGUUCAGUGCUCAGUCCGCACUUGUACUCUCUGUACAUCAACUCUCUGCCUGCUGUUCUUCGUGCUGCUGUCAACCGUGGUACUAUGGUAUCUCCACCCGGAAUGCAUCCUGUUCAUAUCAAUAGUUUACUCUUUGCUGAUGAUGUGGCCAUAUUUGGCUCUCGUACUGAUGUGCAAACCAUGUUGGAUGUCGCUUCAGAUCACUCGUUCUCUCUUGGCUACAGAUGGAAACCAUCAAAAUGCGCUGUACUUUGUGCUCCUACUGCCUCUACUCGUCAUCCAUUGUCUCUAUACGGUGAACCUCUUCCUGUGGUAGAGGAAUUCACGUAUCUUGGUAUGCCGUUUAGAUAUAAAGGUCUGUAUGCCCCUGGGAUUCUCAAUCUGCGUGCUUCUGGUGCUAUCAAGACAAUAGCAUUAUUGAAUUCGGUUGGUGUCAAUCGAAAUGGUUUUUCUCUGUUGCUUUGUGCUCGUUUGUAUAAAAGCUUUAUUCGACCCAAGCUGGAAUACGGCUUAGCUAUAUCUCAUCUCUCUUUCCGUGACUUCAAGGCUCUUGAUGCUCUGCAAAAUCGAUUGGUUGGUAUGUUUGUUGGUAGUACGUGGUACAAUGUUGCCAAACAUUUGACCUGUAUUCCCAGCAUGAAGCAUCGAUAUAAUGUCCUGGCAACACGUUAUGCUCUUCGUGCUGAUACUCUCCCUGAUGAUUGCUUGUUGGUUCUGCUUCGUCGUGGAUUACUGUACACUCGUCUAGACAGAUUUAUUUGUCAAAACCCGUUGUAUCUGACACUACCUGAUCCGCCGCCAUUCACCACUGCUGGUCUUACUGAAGUCUUUGAUUCGUAUUGGCAAGAUCAAGUAGAUCAUCAACUUGCUGCUGCUGCUGUUUCUGGUACCCAGACCCUCCUCCGUGCUUGUCGUCGUUCUGUAUCUCGUCCAGAUCCCAUUUUGUACCUACCAAUUGGUCGAUCUGCUCGAAGUCGCCUUGUUCGCUGGCGUCUUGGACGUUUCACAAACAUGCGUGAAGAGUGUCCGUGCGUGAUGGGUGAUUUUAUAUCUCGAAAUCACUUUCUGACAUGCCGUGCUCUGGAUCGAACACUUCUCGAUGCUCUGCCUGUGGCUCCUCCUGGUAUUCAUCGUAUAGACUAUGCCCUUAAUUGCUUACCUGUGAAAGCCUCUGAUGGUCCUCCAUCUUAUUGGUCUGCUUUGCUUGCUCUGCUUCAUGCCAUUGAUUGUUUAGUGCAUCCGCUGGCUGUCAUCCCUGCUGAUCUUGAUUCAGGGUUGUUAUGGUUCUCUGCUAGAUAG